AUGGGGAUCCUGGAGCCGACUCUAACGCCGUUCGAGGGCAAGGUAAUCACUGUUGCUGGCGCCAGCCGAGGAACCGGCCUAGCUACAGUGAAGUAUCUCGUCCUAAGAGGCGCAACAGUUUCCAUGUCCAGCUCAUCUCCCAAAGGCAUCGCCAAGGCACAUGCGGAGGUUCUUCAAGGCUGCCCAGGGAGCGACGACCGAGUCAUGGCUAUGGCCUGCGAUAUCACCAAAUACGAGGAUGUCCAAGCUUGGACUUUGGAGACGAUGAAUCGGUUUGGACGUAUCGAUGGAUGUGCCAACGUCUCUGGAAAGGAGCAACGAAAGCUUUUUCCCAUAACAGAGCUCCCGAUGGAAGACUUCAAGGAGAUCAUGGACGUCAACGUCAAUGGUCUCUUUCAUCUUCUUCGAGAGCAGAUGAAGGUCAUCUCUGAGGGCGGAAGCAUCGUCAACGUCGGCAGCGUGUGCAGUAACUUCUCGUCUCCAUACUACGGCGCUUACAUUGCGUCCAAGCACGCCGCAGCUGGCCUGACCAAAGCGGCUGCUUUCGAGGGCGCUUCUAGGAAUGUCCGCGUCAACUCGCUCAACCCAGGCACAAUCAACUCUGAAAUGACUGCGAAACCCUUCGAAUUGCCUGGUGGUGCCACGUUCACGCCUUCCGAACAGACGGUCCCGCAGUUGUUCAAGAGAAUGGCCGAGCCCGAGGAGAUCGCCGCCUCUGUAUGCUUCCUUCUAGGUGAUGAAAGCAAGUUUGUUACGAGAUCAGAGUGGCGUGUUGAUGGCGGGUGGCUGGAGGGGUCAUUGACCGGGUAA